AAUGUAACAGGAGACGUCUGUGCAUUUGCUGCGCGGUCUCUGUUAUGGCUGCCUGGCUGUCCUGGAGAGCGGUGCGGCUGGGGAACGGCGGCCGGCUCCUGCCGCGUCCUCUCGCGCCGGCCCCGGCGGUCUGCAGGGGGGCCAGCAGAGUAGCCUCGGCCCUCCAGGCGGACAGGCCCCGGGCGGCGGAGGACCUCCCGCGGGUCAGCUUCCCGGAGUUCAUCUACAGACUGCUGUUCCAGGGCUUCUAUAACCGCUCGCAUGAGCUACAGAUCCAUAACAAGCAGCGGUACGGGCCCAUCUACCGGGACGCGAUGGGGCACGUGUGUGUGAACUCCCCCGACCUGCUGGAGGAGCUCCUGAGGAAGGAUGAGAAGUUCCCCUGCCGAGCAGACAUGGCUCUGUGGAAGGAGUUCCGCGAUAUGAAAGGAUUCGGCUACGGGCCGUUCACAGUGGAGGGUGAGCGGUGGUACAACCUGAGAGUGGUCCUGAACAAACGCCUGCUGCACCCGAAGGACUCGGCGCAGUACGAUGGGGUGAUAAACGAGGUGGUGACCGACUUCAUCAAGAAGAUCCGCUAUCUGCGCCAGUGCAGUCCGACAGGAGAUGUUGUCACCGACUUGGCCAAUGAGUUUUAUCUGUUUUCACUAGAAGGAAUUGCAGCCAUAUUAUUUGAAACGAGACUCAGUUGUCUGGAGAAGGAAAUCCCUGCCGGAACUCAAGAAUUCAUCAACGCCAUUGCUCUGAUGUUCACCAACAGUAUGGCUGCGCACAUCAUGCCAAAGUGGGGCCGCAGCCUGCUGCCUCACUGGGACCGGUACAUCGCUGGCUGGGACGGCAUCUUCAUCUUCGCUAAAGAGUUGAUCGACCGGAAAAUGGAGCUGAUUCAGCAGCGUCUGGACAACGAGCAGGACGUGGAGGGGGAAUACCUGACGUACCUCCUCUCAAACACUCAGAUGAGCACCAAGGAUAUCUACGGCAGCGUUGCGGAGCUCCUCCUGGCCGGAGUGGACACGACGUCCAACACCCUGAUCUGGGCCUUGUACCAGCUGUCCAAGAACCCUGAAGUCCAGAACCGACUUUAUGAGGAAGUGUCCUCGAUUGGACCGGUGGACCGGCUCCCCAGCGCUGCAGACGUCACCGUCCUGCCUUAUCUGAGAGCGGUUAUCAAGGAGACGCUCAGGAUGUAUCCUGUAGUUCCUACGAAUGCCAGAAUCAUGACGGAAAAGGACGUCGUUAUUGGAGGAUAUCACAUUCCAAAGAAUACCACAUUUUUGCUCUCUCAUUACGCCAUCAGCCACGACAAGGACACGUUCUCAGACUCGAUGCAGUUCAGGCCGGAGCGAUGGCUCCGGGAUGGCCGUGAACGGCCCCACCCCUUCGGAUCCAUCCCCUUCGGCUUCGGGGUGCGAGGCUGUGUCGGCCGCCGCAUCGCUGAGCUGGAGAUGUACUUGCUUCUGACUCAGUUAAUCAGACGGUUCGAGAUCCAGCCGGAUCCCUCCAUGGGAGAGGUGAAGAGCAUCAACCGGGUGGUCCUGGUCCCGGACCAGCAGCUCAAUCUGCGCUUCGUGGACAGACGGCGCGAAACGGCAGCUUGAUUUUAAUUCUGCAGGAUAUUUUUAACUGCAUGUAUGUAUUUGAAUUUGAAUGUAGGAGCUUUUCAGAAGGGCAGCUAGUGGACAGUAGCGGAGCCGGAAAACGGCACUGGGGUGACAAGAUGAAAUACGUGAUUCUCCCGGGGCGGCACAUAAAGUCACUAUUAUAAGAACAGAAAAAUGUACCUGACUCAAAAACAUUUGUCUGUAUUAAAAAAUAUAGACAAAAACAUAUUUAAAAAGUUUUGAAAAUGCAACUUCCUUCGAAAAAAAAAAGACAAAAAAGGUUUUUUUGACUUUAAAGGCAUUUUUUAUUUACGAUGAUGGUCAAAAUUUCACAUGAGAAGUUUCAGCUCCUUAUUUGAAUGAAUCUAAUCUAAUAACCUUCAAUCUGCUUUAAAAAAAAACACACGUGUGAUAGUUCCUGUCUGAGCUGAUAGAGAUUUCUAAAUAAGGGGUGUAAAACAUACUGAGAAAUGAUCAGACUGCAUGUUCAGUGUUUCCAGUCUGUCAGAUUCAGCAACAUUGAAGGACAAAUCAAGUGUUCAUUAUGUGUUUGAGUUAGUUAACCUGGAGGUCCAACAGGGAUUCAUGUCAUUCAUUAGAAGUUGUAAAAGUGAUAAUAGUAGUAGUAGUCGCCCCCCACCCCCGGCUCCGUCACUGUUCGUGGAUGAGAAACCAGCCGGAAGUCCUUUAUUAUACUGAAUGCUGAUGUGAAUAUGAAAAUGCAUUUUAGCCUUUGAAUACUGCAUGUAUCCUUUCAAAAAGCACUUACUCAAAGUUACUUGUGCACCAAAAUGAAAGACCUAGAGCUCCAUCUGCUGCAGAGGAGACAUGUUAGUCACCAGCCUGGAGGGAAUCAAGUGUUGGGAGGCAGCCUGAGUGCCUGUUAGUCCCUCUUUUGAGCACAUAUGAAGAACAAGCACAUGCACUCUUAGUUUAAAAUUCUGAUGUGAACAAAUGGAAUAGUUGAGCUUGGGAAACUAAAACAAAUCUAUACUACACAGCUGAGCCCAAACACAGACGUUUGGUCUGGGCUCACAUCUUGAAAGUGAAAAAAAAAAAAUACAAAUGAACAGAUGAUGCACUUUUUAACAAUUAUUGCAGUGGUUACUCACAAAUAAAGCCCUGCAGCUGUGAACAGGCCUAGUUCACAAGGUUUAAUUUCAAAAUAUGUAAGAACACAAGAACCUGCACGCAUACCAAUCAUCCAAUCACAGGAUUAAUGACAUGAAACAGGCAGAGAGCAGCAGCAGCAGCAGCAUGCUGGGAAACACAGACUGUCAUAUUAAUAAUACUGCUUAAUAUAAUCAACCUGAACAGGAUCUGUUAGCUGUGUGAAUGUGGAGUGUGCAGCCGCCAGGCUGACAGGUUAUUGUGUGAUAAGCUCAGGAUUAAAUUGUAGUUUGAACGUUGUUUGAUUGGCACAGAUUACACAAGCAGGAACACUGAUUCUGUCCUAUAGACGCUAAAUGCAUCAAUGUAAGGACGAGCUUGUUCUCACAGUGAUUUUAAGUCUUUUAAAGUCUGUGUAACAGGAUCAGAUUUGUUUACCUUUGUUAAGAGGUAUAUGUUUAUUUGACUGUUGACAACUCAGAAACCUGUUGAUGGAUUUUGAGAAAAAUCAGCAGACUAAUAGAUAACAUGCGAGUGAAGGAGCGAUUCCGUCGUAGGUGGGAUCUGGAUCAUGUUCUGGUUCAGAGGAAGGCAGCUUUUCAUAAAAUAUUGAAGUUAAAAAUAAAUCAAAUUUAAUAGGCUGAGUGGAUAUUUUCCAAAGAAUAAGAGAUUACACAGUGAGAAAGUUCCAGAUUAUAUUCUGGAUGAAGAAGAAAGUAUGGAGAUCCAUAAUAUGAUCCAGAUAUUUAACAGACAGUAUGAAUCACUGGAAAGGGAAGGAGCUCUAUCCUUUCUGAGUGUCUAAUUAUUUCUAAAUACAUUUCAUAUGUGUGAAAAUGUAUGCAUAAAUGAAUGUAAAUUAAGAUGUAAGUGAAAUUACCAUAUACCACUAUAUUCACUUUAAGAUCCCAUGAGACUGGAACUGAUUCCAGCUGAAGGAAGGUUAGACAAGCAGUUCACCAGAGAGAGACGUGUGACGAUACAGGAGUGAAAUCUGAAGAGAAACUCUUCGACUCAUUAGAAAAUCACAUCCUGAAUGCAUUAAAGCAGCAACAAAAUCCUAAAACACUCUCUCAAAGAAAGUGUGUGUAGACAUUACUGAUGGAAGAAAUCUGGGUCUGGGAUGAUUUAUAUUGUUUAAUAAACUUCACCUGAAAGAGA